AUGAGUCCAAAUAAUAAAGCAGAUCCAGGCACACAUAAAAUUGAAGAGAUAGAUAAAGCAAACUACUCAAUGGUGACUGAGUUUAUCUUUAUCUCAGGACCCUCCGCUGUAGAUCAUCUUCUUCGGAGUCUUCUUUUGGUCUACCUGGUCAAUGUAGUGGGGAACGUUGGUAUGAUUUUCCUGAUCAUAGCUGACACUCAGCUGCAUACACCAAUGUAUUUUUUCCUCUGCAACCUCUCUUUUCUUGGCCUGGGCUACGCCUUGGCAAUUACUCCCAGGAUGCUGGCUGGUUUCCUAACAAAACACAAAGUUAUCCCAUUCCCUGGCUGUGCCACUCAGUUUUCUUUCUUUGUGGGUUUUGUGGAUGCUAAGUGCUAUGUCCUGGCUGCCGUGGCCUAUGACAGUUUUGUGGCCAUCUGUCAACCCCUCUACUAUAGCACUCUCAUGUCUAACCAAGUCUGCUUGGCUCUCAUGCUGGCCUCUUACCUGGCUGUUCUGGUGAGUUUAGUUUCCCACACUUCUCUCACCUUCAGUUUGAGUUACUGUGGUUCCAGUAUCAUCAACCACUUCUGUGAAAUCUCACCACUCUCGGCCCUCUCUUGCUGAGACACUUACAUAAGCGAGACCUUAUUCUUUAGUCUGUGUGGCUUCAUUGAAUUCAGCACCAUCUUCAUCAUCUUCAUCUUGUAUGCCUUCAUCCUCAUUGUAAUCAUCAGAAUGCACUCAGAUGAAGGCCGCCUUAAGGUUUUCUCCACUUGUGGGUCUUACCUCACAGGCGUCACACUUUUCUAUGGCACAGUUGUAAUUAUGUACCUGAGACCAACAUCCAGCUACUCCCUGGAGCAAGACAAGUGGGCCUCUGUGUUCCACACUAUUAUCAUCCCCAUGUUGAAUCUCUUGACCUACAGUUUACAGAACAAGGAUGUGAAAGCUGCUUUCAAAAAACCAAUUAGAAGAAAACCUCAAUAG